UCGCUUAUUGAGGGUCUCACAGUCUUUGUGUUCUUCGCCCUCAUUUCCGUUCUUCACUCUUUAUCUUAAACCUUAGAUCUCUUUGUUAGCUCUCUCAUAAACCAAGAUGUUCUCCAUUGCCGGAUCUUCCGUCACCAUGCCUUCUCUCUCCACCUCUCUGAAGCACAGCCAGGUGUCUAGCGGCAGGAUCUCAGGUGUGAAAUUAGUUUCAGCGCCUUCAAGCAGGGCGAGUUUUCCCUUGAGAAGGAGCUACAGGCAGAGAAGCCUUCAAGUUUGCUGUGCGGCUAAGCCAGAGACCGUAGAGAAGGUGGCUGGAAUCGUGAGGAAACAGCUUGCGCUUUCUGAAGAUUCUAAGGUCAAUGGCGAAUCAAAGUUUUCUGAGCUUGGAGCUGAUUCUCUCGACACGGUUGAGAUUGUGAUGGGACUGGAAGAGGAAUUUGACAUCAGCGUGGAAGAAGAGAGCGCCCAAACCAUCACCACCGUCCAAGAGGCUGCAGAUCUCAUCGAGACUCUCAUUUCCAAGCCUAAAUAAUUACUAUUAUAAAAAGCCCGCUGCUGCUUAUUAUUGGGUUUUUAAUUUAAAAUCCAUUUGGAUUUUGUUUGUUUGCUAGUUUUUAUAACUUUUUAUAUUCUUCUAGAGUGAUUAUGAUGCUUCGCCACAUUUACUCUUAAAACUGGAACCCUUCUUGAGAAUUUUGAAUCACUUCUACUUCUCUCAUCUCUAGUCAUACUGUUUUC